AUGAAGAAUAUGGCAAUUAUUUAUAAAAAUAAUUUGAAAAAAGAUAAAUAUAAUCAAUAUUCUACUGAUUUAAAUAGGGAAAGAAUGGAAUGUAGAAUACCUCUUCCAUCCACAAAAUAUAUUGAAAUAGUAUCAAGAAAUUUAUCUGAAGCUGAAAAUAAUAAUGUGGAAAGAAAAAAUACCAUGAACCCUUUGGAUGAAACGAAUGCAAGUUCCAAAAAUUCAAAAAAUAAUAAAAGAAUUACAUCAGAAAAUAAGGAUAACAAUGAUGUAUCAAAGAAUUUAACGGAAAAGGAAUUAUAUGAUAUUUUAAAUUCAUUAAAAGAAUGUCCCUCCAAAGACGAUCUUAAAAAUAUAUGGAAUCACACAAUGGGUGUCGUAAAAGAGGAUUUUGAUAAUGUAUUGAAAGAUUUAAAGGCAUUAAUACAAAAAUAUCUAGAUAAUGAUUAUUAUUAUUCAUAUGCUUGUAUUGAAUACAAACCUGUAUAUGCCAGUAUAUGGGAAGAAAAUAGUUCGAGAUUUAAUAGAACUUUAGAAAGUGAACAGAAAAAAUAUACUAAAGAUUUUUUUAGUUUAAUUAAAGGUAAACCUACACUUGAUGAUAU